AAAAUUCACCACGGCGAGGAACAUAAACAAAAUUUUCUUCCGUCUGCUCGAUUUCCACGGGACUCUCGAAGUUCAUCUAAUAAGUUGUACGUGGUGUAUGGAAUAGCUUUUCUGCACGGUAAGAAGGGUGCAAAACGACCGCAAUGACAGACGUGGAGCUCCAAAUGGGGCCCUUGGAGGGAGUCACCUACCCAAUCAAGGUGCAAUACUGCGGCAACUGUUCAAUGCCCAUCGAGUACUGCGAAUACUACCCGGAAUAUGAGAAAUGCAAGGUGUGGCUAGAAAAACACUUACCUAGUGAAUUUGAGAAGGUGAAGAUUGAUGACCCCGCUGAGGCGACGUCUGCUAAUGCUACAGAUGACGAUAAGAAACGACAGAAGCGUGGCGGAAAGGGCAUGAUGAAAACAAAGAAGAAAGACGAUGGACCGAAGAAGAUCUGCGUCUUCCGUGCGCCCCGUGGAAAGAAGAAGUCCGUCACCGUGGUUACUGGAUUGAGCACUUUUGGGCUGGAUCUCAAAGUGGCAGCCAAGUUUUUCGGCACAAAAUUCGCAUGUGGCUCCUCCGUGACGGGAGACGAUGAGAUUGUGAUCCAGGGCGAUGUAAAGGACGAUUUGUUUGAUGUCAUCCCGGAAAAGUGGCCGGAGAUUGAUGAGGACUUCAUUGAGGAUCUUGGAGAUCAGAAACGCUAAUUUUUCAAUAAAGCUUUGAUCAUACCAGAA